UUAGAAAUUCAUCUGACUCGGAAAGAGGAAAGACUGCUGGAAAAGGACUUUAUUUACGAGCAAGUUUCUCGGAUGACGGAGAAAGUCAGCGUCAAGGCAGAAAACAGCAAGGAGGAGACGUUAAUCCUGGCUAAAAAGAUGAACGUGCUUCAAGAGAAAAUAAAGAGCACCACCCAGAAGAUAAUGGCCCUCAUCGCAGAGCUGUCCAUGCACCAGGCAGUGGCCAUUAACCUGCAGCAAGAGAUGCGGGACAAAGAGCAGACUGUGCUGUCCGUGGUCUCCCGACUGGCCAAAGGUCUUCCUCCUCCUAGGGACAUUGAACAGGAUUGGCUCCGGGUCCUGCGGGAUGAAAAAAUGCAUCAAAUAGCAAGUGAAGCACGAGAAAAACAGGCUCUGGAAGAAGAACAGGCAGCCCUGCCCACCGCCAUCCACACGACGGCGGAACAGCGUCCCAACGCCUACAUCCCCGAUGACGAAAACGUUCUCCCGCUACCGAGGCCUUACGGGGCGCUGGCGCCGUUCAAACCCAGCGAGCCCAGCGCGAACAUGAGACACCUCAGGAAGCCAAUCGUGAAGCCCAUCGAAAUCUGAGUGACUCAACUUUUGUGGAAGGAGAAAACUGCUGGCUGAGGAGAAAUGCUCCACUUUUUGACUCGACAAAAGGGAGUUCCUUCGGAGUACAAGAGGCGGGCGUGAAAAUGUGUGGCUUCAGAGCUGCGGGAAUGUUUUUGCCUUCUUGAAACUUCCUGACUUCUGAUGAAA